CAAAAUAUCUCAACACAUCUAUAUUUCUUCAUCUGGAAAGUAAUUUAUGUUCUAUAACUGUCAUUUAUAUACCUAAAACUGUACACAAGUAUUAGACCUAUAAAUAGGAUGUUUUGGACACUUCAAUGUAAACGAUUCAGAGUAAAAGACUGUAUUUGAACUUUCGACAGUGUUUGAUUAUAAAUAAUUAUAUUAUUUUUAAGAAUUUUCCCAAUAAGUGAUUGAAAGAGUACUGAAAGAAUGAAUGUGAGACACGCAAUUGUAUUGAUCGUUGGAGGAGGAAGCGGUAUCGGUUGCACCUGUGCUGAACAGUUUUUGAGUUCCAAGGCUGAGUUCGUGGGAAUUUUGGAUUUACCAAACUCAAAUGGAAGAGUCGUAGCAGAUACAUUGGGCAUUCAGUAUGGUGCACACCGUGUGGAUUUCUUCGUCUGUGAUGUCACGAACGAUGAGCAAGUAAAUUCGAUCUUUCAAAGGAUCACACAAUUGUUAGGGAGUUUCGAUAUUCUCAUCAAUAGCGCAGGAGUUUUGACCAAUGGAGAAGAUUGGCACCGCAUGAUAGAUGUGAAUGUCACUGGACUCAUACGUACGACUUUAAAGGCCAUCGAUAUAAUGGGUAAACACAAAGGUGGUAAAGGUGGUACAAUAGUAAAUAUUUCCUCCAUAGCUGGUCUCAUACCUGUAGUUUAUUAUCCAAUUUAUGCUGCAACGAAACAUGCCAUCGUUGGACUCACCAAUAGUUUAGCGCUCAGUUACAACGAAACUGGCGUUCGUAUGAUGCUGAUGUGCCCUGGCCGUACACACACUCCUUUAAUAUCAAAUUUGUACAACUUUGAAAAUCCACAUUUAAAUUUCAUUAAUGUUAAUAGAGCGUUGAUGUGUUUAAGAACAGCGGGUAACCAACCGUAAGUAUUUUAAAAAAUAUGAAA